AUGUACCGACUGGCUCUCUUCACACUCACAGUCCUGCUGAAGCCAUCAGCUUUUGUAAAUGGAGGGAAAGUCUUGGUGUUUCCUGUGGAUGGAAGCCACUGGAUUAAUAUGAAAGUCAUCAUUGAAGAGCUUCACAACCGAGGCCACGACAUCACAGUACUGCGCCAAUCAGAUUCUUGGUACAUCAAGCCAGACUCUCCUCACUACAAGGCCAUCACCAUGAAUCCCCCAGCUGUUUUUGAUAAGAACCAGUUUAGGUCUUAUAUCAUGAGUAUGAUGCAUAAACAGGAGCUUCAGCUGGUGGAGGAUAUUUUUCAGGAUACCAAACUGAUGCAGAGACUUCGCGAUGCCAAGCCGCCUCUAGCUGGCCGAGUGGCAGCGUCCGGUUCACUGGCUGGUGGAUCUGUGCGCCGCUCCACUGGGUCAGAGCCGCCCGGCUGCCCAGGUAGAAGUGAACUAGAGCCGGCUGUACUGGACCCGGGGGCUCAGCUCAGCGGACUGCAGCACCACCCUCCUGAUGGGGAAGUGAAGCGUUUUCUGCUCCCAGCGGCUUGUCAGGACAAAGUCGCCCCGACUGGACUGAGAGGCCCUGAUGAGGAAAUCCCCCUGGUUCACCACCAGGCUCUCCGACACCUGCAGAGACGCACCCCCCCCAUCGGUUAG